AUGGCGGUGACGGCGGCGAACCUGUCGACGUUCGGCGGCAUCGCGACGGUGUCGCUCGUGCACUCGCUCAUCCCCACGCACUGGCUGCCGUUCAGCGUCGUGGGACGCGUGCAGAAAUGGACCAUCCACCAGACGCUCUCCAUCACGGCAUUGGGUGCAUUCCUGCACGUGCUAUCCACGUCCAUCCUCGGCUUCACCGCAGUCACCAUGGCACACACGCUCGCAGGGGAGGAGGCAGUAGAAGCCAUCGCUGACGCUUCGGUGGGGACGAUGGCGAUUGCAGUGGCCGUGCUGCUCGCCUGCACGCUCUUUGUCAUGCUCACCCUCGUUGCACUCUCCUUCUAUGGGGCCUCACAGGUGAGCUUGGCUCGCCUGGUUCUGAUGUUCCGUGCUGUAUUCUGCGGUGCUGCUCGCCUGCACGCUAAUCGGCAUGCUCACUCUCGUCGCACUCUCCUUCUAUGGGGCUUCCCAGUGGCAGUGCUGCUGGCCUGCACGCUCUUUGUCAUACUCGCGCUCGUCGCACUCUCCUUCUCUGGGGCCUCACAGGUGACGCUUGGGUGGCUGGAGCGAUACAAGAAGCUGGCUGUCAUGCUCUUCCCUCUUCCCCUCCCACCUUCCCUUCCUCCUGGCCUCCUGUCCUGCUCACCCCCUCCUCUCCCAAACACUUUUUUACCGUUUUUCACUUUGCAGGUGAAGUUUGGGUGGCUGGAGCGAUAUGAGAAGCUGGUGGUGGGGGUGAUUCUGUGCGCUGUGGGCAUUCUCACUCACCUCUUUCACCACCAUGACCACCCACACGGACACCACUCACACGGGCAUGCAGGGCAUGCGGGUUCUGUGUUUGCACCGGGGCAUACAGACAUCAUCACAGCUGGCACCAUGCUGAGCCACCACCACUGA